UCUCUUCCCCGCCAAACCGGCCCGAUGGAAACCCUCGCUUCUCCCGUUCGCCCAACCCUCCGAUUCUCAUCGAGAUCCUCUCCUCGCCGGAACCCUAGGUGUUCGAUUCGGCCGCCACCGCCGGGAAUCGACUACAAGUCGGAGUUCAUCGAAGAAUCUCGUUCCUUCUUGGAGGAGAAGCACACGGAGCUGAUGGAUCUCGCCGCUGAUGGAACCCUAGUCCGGAUCGCGAAGCAUCGAUUCGGCCCGGUUCCGGCAUGGAGGACGGAGUUCGUUGAGCCGGAGGAGAUCUGGCUACUGGGCACCUCUCACUUGGCUGCAGAGUCCGCCUCCGAUGUGGAGCGUGUAGUGAGGGCUUUGAUGCCUGAUAAUGUCGUCGUCGAGCUAUGCAGAAGCAGGUCUACAUUGCCAAACUUGCAAACGUUCUAUGCUUAUUUGCUCAUCCAGAUGAAAUUCAUUUUCAGAGCCGGAAUAAUGUAUGCUUCUGAUAAUGCUGAAGAUGCACAGCUUUCAAAAUCAAAUAUGUUCUCCUUAAGCGGGGCUCAAUUCUUUGGAGCUGUCAACCGUAGUAUAAACUUGGGGGGUCAAAGUGCUUUGGCUUUGCGGUUGCUUUUAGCGGUUUUCUCUUCAAAGAUUUCUUCAACUGCAAACCGGCCUUUUGGAGAUGAGUUUCGAGCUGCUAGGAAAGCUUCUGAAGAAGUGGGAGCUCAGAUUGUUUUAGGAGAUCGACCGAUUGAAAUAACUCUAGAAAGGGCUUGGCGCUCUCUAAUGUGGAGUGAAAAAGUGCGAUUCAUCUUCUCACUCAUUCAAGGCAUAACCUCUCCAUCUAUUGAACUGCCUGAGAACGAUUUGAAGGGUCAACUCCCCGGUGACAGUCCACUGCAGCUGUAUGAAAAACUGAGCUUUUCAUACCCUUCACUCCUGCAGCCUCUCAUACAUGAGCGUGACACGUACCUUGCUUGGUCACUGAAAAGGAGCAAAGCUGUGAACAAUUGCAAGAGAGUAGUGGGGAUUAUUGGGAAGGGUCACAUGAAUGGAGUUAUCUACUCACUAAUAUCCGAUCAGGGAAACCUGCGUUUCCGUGAUCUUGUUGGCAGAACAUCAAAUAACAACACAUCCAACGGUUGGAUUAUCAACACAUUCAAGAGCUUUGCCAGAGACACCAUUCUAGGCUUUGGCCUGUGGGCUCUGUAUGAGAAGCUUAAAGACAAAUUCUAGCAUGAUCAUACACAUGCACAAAAAAUUGGUUAUUAUUCAACUUAUCUGUCAGAGAUAGUGUCAGCCAUCUCUCCUUUCAAAUGGCAUGAAAGCACACAAUAGGUGUGCUAGUAAUGGUUAGCUCUCAAUGCUCUAUUUUUAUUGCCAUUAUUGAAUAUUUUAUUUACUGGGUUUUCAAUGAUUAUUAUCUAAAACAAAAUUUAUAGGUUUUAUUUAUCUGUGAAUAAUAAUGUAACGGAGUAUUAUUAUGUAAGCCUAAUAAAAAAAAGUUAUUAGCUCA